AUGGCCCACUGCUCACUUCUAGAUGUUAUCCGCCAGGGAAAGUUCGCGUCUCUCACUAAUGAGGCGGUUCUGCAGCUGCUCGGCCGUCAGUUCGAGCACGAUCUCAAGGGCUUAAAGAACGUCCCAUCCAACAUCGAGGGCGGAGCACAGCAAGCACUCACACCAUCACAAUAUCUCUAUGAUCAUGACUAUUCCGAGGUGAAUCGCACCCUACUUAACAUCCUCGCCCUGAAAUGGCUUCUGGCGGAUGAUUACGCUGCCUUCACAGCCUAUCAGCCAGAUCCGGUCAAAUUAUCCAAAGCUACCUUUGAAAAAUUCCGCCACAUAACGCGAAGUGUCCUAGAUCACCCAGAUAAAAUCCUAGCAUUAAUUAUAUCGCUUAUUCUGGGCGACCAGGGCAAAAAUCCAGUUCUAGUGGACCAAGUGACCAGUCAAGAAGGAUUGAGGGGAGACGAAGAAGUGAACCAUGAUGAAAUCCUCCAAAAGGCAAUUGCCGAGGGGGGAUUCUCCGAGUCACUGGGGUUGCUUCCCCCUCCAUUGAAGGAUGAUGUAAUCCUAGGGGUAAAGCUCGGAGCAGAGCUUAAUAUUCCUCAGUUGACUCAAGGUGAGAACGUUCCCGGAAGCCUGAAGGGCCUCCUCAUGCUUUCAGGUCACAAACAGGCUUUCGAUUUGAAGUAUCUGGAGAUCAUGUUCGACGUGGCAGGCGCGGGGGGUCAUAUUGACGCCCGCGGUGCAACCCGCAUGAUCGAGCCAGUUUGUCAAUCCCUCUUGCUCGCCCACCCAAUACUCGAGCGCGUCACAGCCGGACAGCUUUCUCUCAGGGAUGCUUAUGAUGAAGUCCUGCGAAACCGAGGCUGUAUAUUAAGCAAGAAGGGCUUCAAAGAACUUUCCACUGCUGUUCCAGCCGAUCGGGCCUUCCUUCGUCUCUGUGCCAUGGGUAGAGUAGCUGAUCUACCCCUGGCACAACUGUUUGAUGAGGCGUUCAAUAGUCUUCCAGACGAGACGCGGGAUGCCCUUGUUAAUGGGUUAAAUGUUGAUGGCUUGGACGACGGACAGGCUGUGAUUCUGUAUUACAUGCCCGCUUUAUUUGCCGAACUACUGAGGGUCACUAAGGAUUUGUCCAAGCCCGGCCGGCUGGAAGCCCUUGUAUAUUUGUUAUCCUUUAUGGCGCGAACAUACAAGGGCUCCAGUCCCCAUAAAGGCGAAAAGGGCUCUAUAAUAGAACGCGACGUAUCCCCGGCGAAGGAUAUUGUUGUGCAACAAGGACCUACUGCCUUGGAUGGCUACGACCUACCUGCAAGGAUAUGA